CCUGCACUGGUGCGCUUCACUGACCAGUGACCAACUAAACCUAGCUGCAUCUUUUAGAACUUCUUCACCAUAAACAAUACAUCGGAAUAAAAACGGAACGACACCAGAGAGGCUCCACACAGACAGUGCGAUGAACCACAACAAGACUGUUAACCAUAAUGUCAGUCUGCCAGCUCCAAACAGCGGCUCCGGGAGCAGCGUGGACGAGCUGGUUAUCACCUCCACUUUCGGGACCUUGUUGUCGGUCGUCUACAUAGUCGGCGUGUCGGGGAAUGUGUACACUCUAGUAGUGAUGUGUCAUUCUAUCCGCUUCGCCACCUCCAUGUACAUCUCCAUCAUUAACCUAGCGCUAGCGGACCUCUUGUACCUCUCCACAAUCCCGUUCGUGGUGUGCACCUACUUCCUCAAGGACUGGUACUUCGGAGAUGUGGGCUGCCGCAUCCUCCUCAGCCUGGACCUGCUCACCAUGCACGCCAGCAUAUUUACCCUCACUGUGAUGUGCACGGAGCGCUACCUGGCCGUCACCAAGCCCCUUGACACGGUACGGCGCUCCAAGAGCUACCGAAAAGCCCUGGCCUGGGGGGUAUGGCUGCUCUCUCUGGUCCUCACCUUACCCAUGAUGGUCAUGGUCACAGAGACCACUAAGAGCGCGCCCAACGGGGGGGUGAAGAGGAUGUGCGCGCCCACCUGGGCGCCCCGGGCGUAUAAGAUCUACCUGACCGUUUUGUUUGGCACGAGCAUCAUGGCACCUGGGUUGAUUAUCGGCUAUUUGUAUACGAAGUUAGCCCGGACUUAUUUAGAGUCCCAGAAGAACUCGGUCAUCAACAAAAGGAACAAGCGCUCCCCGAAGCAGAAAGUCUUGGUAAUGAUUUUCACUAUAGUUCUGGUGUUCUGGGCGUGUUUCCUUCCGUUCUGGAUAUGGCAACUGUUCCCGUUGUACCAGCACAAACCGUUAGGCCUGGCAUCUCACACACACACCUGUAUUAACUACCUGGUGGCCUGUCUCACCUACAGCAACAGCUGCAUUAACCCCUUCCUCUACACCCUCCUCACCAAGAACUACAGGGAAUACCUGAAGAACAGACACAAGAGUUUCUACCGCUACACCUCGUCUUUUAAGCAGCGCGCUCCCAGCUUGUAUUCCUGCGGGAAGUCGGCCUCCUCCUCGAAUCAGUUUGAGUUUAACUCGGAGACGCUGGUGAUGGGGACUCUGCAGGGACAGUGAGCCCGUGCAAAGAGAGAGUGAUUUUGGAACUGCAACAGGUAACAGGUAAUCAUUAUCCCUUUUACGCAUCUGUCAAAUGCACAAAAGUAGUUUGCUAAGAUAUGCAUUUGUCAUAUGGCUGGGUAUAUUAUUCUUGUAUUAUCCUUCCUUCCUUCCUUCUUCCUAUCCCUCAAAUUAGAUAUAACUUGACAGUGUACAGGUCAAUCAGGGCUAGUUGUAAUUCAUGGCAGAGCAAUGAAGUGUGUGGAGGAGAAACUGGUUUUACUUCUGUUUGACUCUGAGUCUCCUGUGCUAUAUUCUACUACACUUGUAUAAUCUAUCUGACUCCCACCUGCUGUCUUUCAGUGUUUAGCAUCCGUGGCUACAGUGAAUGGCAGGUAGACUCUAAUAACGACGUCCACUGAAUACCACAGCAGGUGGGAGGAGGAUUCGCCAUGGAGGUGGAAAAUAUAGCAGACAGAUGUGAAAGUUACACAGUAAAAGCAUCUCUUCCCUCUGCCCUGGUUUGUCACCGUCUGGAUGAGAAGAAUGGGUUAUCUCAAUAGUCCAAAAUAUACUUUCCUCUCCUUCAUUUGCACUGCGGUGAGGAAACUGUGUAGGCCUUCCUGUCUUCAUCCUCCGAGUGCAGAGUUACUUCAUUCAGUAUAAGCACCUGUGUGAUGGUCGCUAUCUACUGUCAUGUGGUGCUGACGGUCGGAACUUUGGAACGCUAGUAUGACCGCUGGCCAUGGUGCUGAAAUCUCUGCUAUUAGCUUGGCUUGUUUACAUCGGGCCUUCUACAAGUGACAGUCACCACAAUUCUCAUUAAUCCUGAUCAUAUAUCAGUGUU